CUCUCACUCUAAUUUCCAAACCGAGACCCACUCUCUCUCUCUCUCUCCACUGUCCGCCAUGAAAACAGACAUUGAAAACCUCUGGGUUUUUGCCCUAGCCUCCAAAUCAUUCCGAGCCUUCUCUGCAGAAAGCAUUGCAUGCACGCUUCUGCUCGUAGCUCUAACAUGCCUUGCCAUGACCUUCAUCUACUGGUCUCACCCUGGUGGCCCAGCUUGGGGUCGCAACUUCAAAAACAUCAUUCCAUUGCUGCUAAAAUCUUCAAAAACCAAGCCCAUAAUUCCCGGCCCCAGAGGCCUGCCUCUCAUCGGCAGCAUGGCCCUCAUGACCUCCCUGGCCCACCGCAAAAUCGCCGCCAUGGCCCGCUCCUGCAACGCCAAACGCCUCAUGGCCUUCUCCCUCGGCCAAACCAGAGUCGUCGUCACGUGCCACCCCGACGUGGCACGUGAGAUUCUCAACAGCUCCGUCUUCGCCGACCGCCCCGUCAAAGAGUCCGCCUACAGCCUGAUGUUCAACCGGGCCAUCGGGUUCGCUCCGUACGGCGUCUACUGGCGCACCCUGCGUCGAAUUUCCGCCGCCCAUCUCUUCUCCCCCAAGCAAAUCAAGAACUCCGAGGUCCAGCGGCGCGAGCUAGCUUCUCAAAUGGUGGCAAUGUUUGGGACCCACAAGGAGAAACUGGCCAUUCGUGAAGUGGUCAAGAGGGCUUCGCUGAACAACAUGAUGUGCUCUGUUUUUGGGCGAAAAUACGAGCUUGAAUUUGGGGCCUCCAUGAACAAUGAGGUCGAAGAGCUCAAAGGGUUGGUCGAUGAAGGGUACGACUUGUUGGGUAUGUUAAAUUGGUCCGAUCAUCUUCCUUGGUUGGCUGAUUUUGAUGGCCAAAAAAUCCGGUUCAGAUGCUCCAAUCUCGUCCCCAGAGUGAACCGGUUCGUCUCCCGAAUCAUUUCUGAACACCGAACCGACGUCGAAGCCGGAAAAGACGAAAAGGUCCCUGACUUUGUUGACGUCUUGCUUUCGCUCCAAGGACCCGAUAAAUUGUCCGACUCCGAUAUGAUUGCCGUCCUCUGGGAAAUGAUAUUUAGAGGGACGGACACCGUGGCGGUUCUGAUCGAGUGGAUCAUGGCGAGGAUGGUUCUUCAUCCUGAUGUUCAAUCGACGGUCCACGACGAGCUUGACAAAGUGGUUGGCAGGUCGCGAGCCGUCAACGAGUCUGAUAUCUCUGAGUUGGUGUAUCUGACGGCUGUGGUGAAAGAGGUCCUGAGGCUGCACCCUCCUGGCCCACUUUUAUCCUGGGCCCGCCUCGCCAUCACUGAUACAACAAUUGAUGGGUAUCAUGUGCCUUUAGGGACCACAGCCAUGGUAAACAUGUGGGCCAUCUCGAGGGACUCGGAGGUCUGGGUGGACCCCCUAGAGUUCAAGCCCGACAGAUUCGUGGCCCGUGAUGGGGAGCUGGAGUUUUCGGUUUUCGGGUCGGAUCUGAGGCUCGCGCCGUUCGGUUCGGGUAGGCGGACUUGCCCGGGGAAGGCUCUGGGGUUGACAACUGUCACGUACUGGGUAGCUUCGCUUUUACACGAGUAUGAAUGGCUACCGUUGGAUGAGAAUGCCGUGGACUUGUCUGAGGUGCUAAGGCUGUCGUGUGAGAUGGCCAAGCCUUUGGUUGCUAAAGUGCGCCCGAGGCGCAGUAGGUUAAGCCCAGCGCAGCUCAGUGAAGUUUAAUAGAAGUAGGGAUUAAAAAAAAA